CCUGUUUGGGAGGAACGGAUUGGAUAGAGAAGGUGUUUUGAACAACUUCUGUCAGGCAGUACGGUGUGAACUACCCUCCCUCUUUUUUUCUCUCUUUCUGUUCCCUCUCUCCGUCUCUAAGCAUGAUGAGGCGAAGUGUUUGUCGCUGUUCUCGGUCUGUCUGUGCUCUGCUUGCGUCCCUCUCCCUGGCCCUCCACCUGCUCCUCGCCCUCCUUUGCCUCGCCAUCCUCCAGAGGUCCUGCGAUGUGCCCCCCCCUUCCAGGACCCAGACCCUCCAUCGUCUGUCUGAGCCCAACUUAACCUCGCAGGAGGUCAGCUCGCCAAAGCUGAGCUCCAGUUCCCAAAGGGCAGGCCUGUCAAAACCGUCCACCGUGGUCAGAGUGCCGGGAAAGGGGGGCGACGUGGACCCUCUCCUGACAGAAGGGCCAAUUGCGUCGCUCAACAUGGCAGCCAAAAUGGCGCACAUCACCCCACUGCACGGGGCUUUGGGCUCCGGCCCCUCAAAGCUGCAGGCCCUCUUCAACCACCCUCUGUACAACCUGCCGCGCCCAGAAAUCCAGGAUGAUGAUUGGCUGCUGAGGGUGAAGCCGAAGGUAAAGGACAAUGACAGGGAUAGCACACAGGAGUGGCUGAGUGACAGUGAGGAGGGCUAUGACGCGGUGCGGUGGGACAGCACCACUGAUUCCCACCCUCCCUGGCUGCGCUUCCACCUGGGGAUCUCCCGCUGGCAGCUGUAUGACAGGAAGGACCCCGACCUGCGAGCGCUGACAGAGCAGCUGGCCACCCACCGCAUCGUCAGCGCAGUGCAGAAGCCAGGAGGGACUCAGCUCAAGCUGGUGAUGUCUUUCCCAAACUACGGCCAGGCGCUCUUCAAGCCCAAGAAACAGGAGCGGGAUGCAGAGACUGACACCAACCUGUUCUACUUCUCUGACUUCGAGAGACACAACGCCGAGAUCGCCGCAUUUCACCUGGACAGGAUUCUGGGUUUUCAGCGAAUACCGCCCGUUGUUGGGAGGCUGAUCAAUGUUACCACCGAGAUCAAGCACAUCACCACAGACCGCAGACUGGCCCGAACCUUCUUCACCUCCCCUGUGGGUAACGUCUGUUUCUACGGUCAGUGCACGUACUACUGCUCCACAGAGCACGCGGUGUGCGGCCGCCCUAUCGCCCUGGAGGCUUCGCUGGCCGCCAUGCUGCCCGACCUCUCCCUGGCACCACGGAGGUCCUGGAGGAGCCCCUGGCGACGCUCCUACAGCCGCAGCAAACUGGCACCAUGGGAAAAAGACUCAAACUUCUGUGCGACGGUGAAAAAAACACCCCCGUACAACAAAGGCACCAGACUUGUGGACCUGAUAGACAUGGCCAUACUGGACUUUCUCAUGAGCAACAUGGACAGGCAUCAUUACGAGACCUUUGAGAAAUUCGGAAAUGACACCUUUCUGCUGCAUUUAGAUAACGGGCGGGCGUUUGGCCGUCAUUCUCGCGAUGAGCCCUCCAUACUGGCCCCUCUACAGCAGUGUUGCAGGAUCCGUCGCUCCACUCUGCUGCGUCUGCGCCUCCUGGCCCUCCCUCAGUUCCGCCUCAGCGAUGUCAUGAGGGAGUCCCUGUCCCAGGACCCCCUGACCGCCGUGGCCCCUCUCCUCUCCGAGCCUCACCUCUCCGCCUUGGACCGGCGCCUCGGCACCGUCCUCCAGACCGUGCGCCGCUGUCAGGAGCAUCACCUAAAUGCCGACGUCGUGUAUGAUGACGUAGCUGGCAACACCGGCAGCGAUGUCACUGCAGGGCUGUAAAACAGCACCGCUGCCUGUCACGUUACUGCGCCACUGUGAAUUGCAUUGGAAUGGUCUGCUGUGUAGGCGUGGCUCUGCGUGAUGAUGUCAUAGUUGGCCUGGAGUCGUCACCACGAUGUCAUAAUAAGCAGCACCUGAAGCGUAUCUGUGGCGUCAUCGCAUGCAACCAGUAGGGUGCUAGAUAUUAGACUGUCAUCAGAGUAUUGGAGAGUUACUCUGGCUUUUUGGUCAGCUUAGCAUUAUGUGGUAAACAUUUGGGAUUUGGGUCAUGUAAUUAGAAUGUUUACGCAGAUGCUGAAUGAACACCAGAUUUUAAUGUAACCCUCUUUAUGCCCAGCGUGUUUGCUAUAUCAACACGAUUCAUCAUUACAUCAUCCACAGUGACAUAAUUUACAGGCAAUAUGACAUUAUCAUCUUAAACCACAUCUCUUGCUAAUAAAUUUGUUUCUAAUACAUUUAAAUCAUCUUAAACAGGCCAGUUGGGAUAAUGGGCCCAUGACUCACUCUCAAUCUAAAUAUUCUGUCAGUUAGAACCAAAUAUGUUUGUUUUAUAUGCUGUUGAUGGGUGUGUUAUGAUGUCAUAAAAGUGUCGGGGGAGCGGGGUUACAGAA